AUGCCGGCUCGCGGAUUUGGGGGCAUCUCUCCUCAUGGCCGUCGAUGCGUGCUUUCUGCGGUGGCCGACUUGGCUGCCAGCCCGCUUGAGAAGCGGUCCAUCGAUGACUUGAUCCAGCUUGGGAAAGCAUCGCACCAGGAGCGGGUCUGCCAGCUGCAUGAGACGCUGAAGGUGGGACUUGCCCGCUGCGCAAUGAGGCUGUCCAACAUGCCCUUCGGCUUCUGUCAUGCUCCGAGCAUCCGGCGGGUCACUUCAGCGUAUGUCCAAAACUUUAAGCAGGUCAUAGACUUUGAGGAUAAGCACGGCCUGGCAGGUCUCACGAGCGAGGAGUACCAUGCCAUCACCAACGGCAUCUUCAAUCAGCAUCGUGGCACCAUGCUCGACGUGGCCAAAGGCGUCUUCGAGUUCAAUGAGGAUCUGAAUAAGCUCUUCGGGCCGGACCUGGAGCUCGCAGAGCUAAGACAUCUGCAGCUGAUCCAGGACAUCGAGGAGUCUCUGGACGAGUUCUUCACGAAUCGGCUCACCCUGCGGCUCAUGAUCUCGCACAUUCAAGCCCUGAACGCGAACAAAAAUGUGAACAGCGACGGGGAGGCGAUGGUCGGCGUCGUGAAUGUGAGCACCCACCCAAUCACCAUAUUAUCCAGGGCGUACGUGGCUACUCGCUUCAUGUGCAUGCGUGACUUCCAGAGGGCGCCAGAUCUGCUUGUGAACGGCACCAUGCAUGACGAAUACGUCCUGCGACAGGCACGGGACGAACCGCAGAUCGGCGAUGAUUUUCAACAGCAACUCCAAUGGGACACGCUGUGCGCGGUGCUCUUGAUAUUUGUGGCUGUGCUCACUCCGUUCGAAGCUGGAUUUUUGGAGGGCGAGCCGCUGUCUUUCAUUGGCGCGUUCAAUAUUGUCACCAACGUCUUCUUUCUGAUGGACAUGGUCAUGCAGUUCUUUAUUGCAUUCCCAAUCGAGACCAGAUAUGGGCCACGAUGGGUUCAGCAAAAAAGGCUGAUAGCCAUCAGGUAUUUGCAGGGCUGGUUCCUCAUUGAUCUGGCGAGCACGGCUCCCCUGGACUACUUGUCGCCGGGCUCCGGCUUGGGUCUCCUGCGAACCAUCCGCAUGCUCAGGCUACUGAAGCUCUUGCGCUUGGCUCGAGGUGUUCGGGUGGUUCGACGCUACCAAGCAGAAUUCGGAAUGUCGUACCGAAAAUCCACGCUCUACUUCCUCUUUUUUUCUGUGCUUGCUGUAUCUCACUGGCUCGCCUGCACCUUGGGUAUCAUCCAUAAGUUUCAGAUGGAGGGCGAGGUGUGCAGCGCCCUGGACCUGGACGCAGAUCUCCAGGGCGGAUGCUCCACCUCGUGGCUCACCGAGGGCCUGCGGCCCUACGGCGGCUGGGACUGGGCGGAGACUCCGCAGAUCGAGGUCUUCGACGCAUACGUUAUGGCGUUUUAUACUGGCAUCACCAUCUUGGUGCACCCCCAUGCCUACGACGCGACCGGCACUGGCGAGCGCCUGUUUUUCACCUUGCUCCUGCUGAUCGGGGGGUUCAUGUGGACCCAAGUGAUCAGCCGGUCCACCGCUAUCGCAUCGUCGCUGAAUGCUCACCAGCUGGCACACCAGCAGACCAUGGACGAUUUGAACACCAUCGCCGAUCGGCUGAACCUGUCGCGGGACAUGAAGAUCCGGCUCAGGAAGUUCUUCCUGCGGUCCACAGCGCAGCACGAGUACGAGGCCUGGCAGAAGAUCCUGAACCGCAUGUCCCCGCAGCUUCGGCGCGACACAUACCGAGAGGUGAAUGUGCACUGGGUGAAGAAGGUGAGGUUCUUCGACAAGUGCUCCACCAGCUUCCUGACCUGCAUCGCAGAGAUCCUGGAGAUUCGCAUGUUCGGGGAGCAGGAGCACUUUGGCCAGCUGUUUCACAUGUACAUCAUGAUGGGUGGCGCCGCCUCUCGGGUCACUAACUUCUCCAUCCUGGUGCCGGGUACUGUGUGGGGCGAGGACCACCUGUUGCUGUCCAACCCGGACCUAGUGGCCAGCAACAUCGCGGUGAGUUUGACGGUGGUUGAGGUGCAAGAGCUCGUGAAGAGCGGCUUCGACGCCGUGCUGGACAACUUCCCCGAGCAUGCCGCAGUGCUGCGGCAGAUUGUGGUGAAGUACAUCGUCAUCCGAGGGGUGAAGCGGCUUGCCGCAAUUACCCUUGAGGAAAGAGAUCGGGAACGUGAGAGGCAGGAAUUCACCAGCGCGUCUCCAUCUUCCGCUUGGAACAAGCAGCUCUGGCCAGAGAACGAGGCGGACAAGAGGAAAGCUCUCAAAAAGGGUGACAGUAUGGAUGAGGUGGCCGCCAGCAUCGCGGAUGGCGCUCGUCUGAUCAACAUGCAGUACAACGCUGCGAAGCGAAAGUCCUCAGGGACGGUUGGGGAGAAGCGGCGGAAGGAGAAGCACUUAACCAAGCGGGCCGCGCCGGACGCCGGGGCCGCCGCCGCCGUGGCCUGGUACUCCCCGAUGGAUGCUGCGGCGGCCGCCACCGCAGCUGCAGUCUCGGCUGCGGAUUCGAAGCUUGGAGACAAGGUCUCGGAAUGGUCCAGCCGGCAGGAUGACCUGGAAGAGACACUGCACUCCCGACUGGACGAGAUCAGCGAGCAGAUCUACGGCCUGUGGGAAAUGAUGCAGGAACAACAGGAACUGAUGAUGCGGCUGCAGCUGAAUCAAGUGGCGCCAGUAUCGUCGGAGCAACAUUUGAGGCACUUGUUUUACAUCUUCCUGGAGUUGGUGAAGAAUGCGGCCCGUGCCUCCAUCGAGCGAGCGCAGCUGGAGGGGUCGUUGGACGAAAACAGUCCUGCGAAAGCCGAGAUUCCUCCCAUUCAGGUCACUGUGCCAGAGGAACAGCAGCUGUGGGAUCACGAGAGGUCUGUGAAGUUGGCUGAUCGUGGCACAGGCAUGAACCGCAUGGUGCUCGGCAAGGCCUUUUCUUACUUCUACUCUUCCGUGAAAGCUCGGCCAACCAUAGCUGCUGAGGUGAGCGACUUUGAUCGCCGCAUGCCGCUGGCAGGGUUUGGCUUUGGCCUGCCGACGAUUAGCAGAGUAAUGGCUCGCUAUUUCGCUGGCGACAUCGAUGUCAACUCAAUCCCCGGGCAGGGUACGGAUGUGUACAUCUACUUGUGA